AUGGUUGAUUACAAAACUUGGUUAAGUGAAAUUGACGACAACAAAAAGAUUUCUCAAUUGUCAAUUCCGGGAACUCACAAUUCUGCAGCUUGCCAUACUGCAUUACCAUCUGUGCAAUGUCAAGGUGCUAGUGUCACCGAACAAUUAGAACAUGGUGUUAGAUUUCUCGAUAUUAGAGUUGGUAAAUUGUUCCUUGGUAAUGAUGUUAAAGAUUUACAAGUUAUUCAUGGUAAAUUCCCUGUUAAAAUUCCAUUCCCAUUGAAAUUGACCGAUACUUUGAAUGAAGUUUACAAAUUUUUACAACACAACAGUUCUGAAACUGUUAUUGUUUCUAUUAAACAAGAAGGUAGUGAUGAUUGGGAUAAUGCCAAUGAUGAAUUUGGUAAAUUGAUCUGGGAUAAAUAUGUCAAUCCAAAUAAAGACAAAUGGUAUUUGAACACCGAUAUCCCAAGAGUUGGUGAUGCUAGAGGUAAAGCUAUUUUGUUCAGAAGAUUUGGAGUUCAAGAUGAAAACUUGAAAAAUCAAUUUGGUUUCUCUGCAUCAUUCUGGACUUAUAAUACUACUGAUGAUGAUCGUGGUCAAUUUGUCGUUCAAGAUUUCUGUGAAGUCAAUUCUGCCGCUGAUUUGCCUAAGAAAAUCGAUUAUGUCAAGAACUUGGCUAAAAGAGCUCAAGAUUACACUUCUAACAAUGAUGAUAAAUUGUUCCUUAACUUCACUUCUGGUGCCAAUUUCUUUGAUAAACAAUGCUGGCCAGAACCUAUUUCCAAAGCUAUGAUUGAAGGUAAUAUUGAAAGUACCUUCCAAAGAGGUGUUGGUGUUAUUGUUUUAGAUUAUGCUGAAGCUGAAAAUUGGAAAUUGCCAAAAGCUUUGGUUGAUACUAAUUUUUAG